GUCGCCCGGGCAUCCGCGUGCUCCUCCUGUGGCAGAGCUCCUUUGGGCUCUGCACCUUUGCUCCUUUGCGCCGUUCGCUGUUCCGAUUCAGCUUCCUGUUGCUGCUGCCUGAUCGGCGUUCCCACUGUCAGGCAGAGGAGCACACCCGGGGCAGAGGAGCACACCCGGGGCAGAGGAGCACACCCGGGGCAGAGGAACCACAUGUAGGGCAGGCAGAGGGUCGGACAGCAAGAACGAAAACCAUCGGGCAGUGGGUCAGUUUUGACGCGAGAAGAAAGGAAGAGGGUGGCGUAGGUCGUCUUGUACCGGCAAUGGAGCGCCCACCACGAGAUGAGGCCACUGCAGGAGGUUCGCCCACAUCAGACUCGUCCACAUCAUCACUGCUGGAUCGUGCCACGUCAGCAGUCGUGGCGAUGCGUCAGCACUGCGAGGACUAUCCAUAUGUGUGGGCAUCCUAUGGCGUUACCUUUG